AUGCCUAAUACCUCUUUUUCUGGUUCAGAAAUUGGAGUUAUCUCUGAGGAUGUGACUCUGUGUGUGUGUGUGUUUGAAAGAUGUAACAAGUUGGAUAAGGAGGCUGAGCUCAGAGCUUUCGCGCAGGAGGCUGAGCUCAGAGCUUUCGCACAGAAGGCACGGAGGGCUCAGAGCGUGGUGGGCUGCCGCCGGGUUAUCUUCAGGAGUCCAACUCUCCUGGGGACACGUCAGCGACGGCCUUGCCCGUACACGUCCAGGACAGGAAGCCCUGAGCCAGGUGGGCAGUGGAAGCGGCAGUCGGGCGACUCCCGGCCCUGCAGACCCCAGCCUUUUCGCCGCGCCAGCGCCCCAGGAUUCUGGCGCAAGGCCGGUUGCCUGGGAGUCGCCAUGGCAACGGACGCCGGGUUCGGGACUCCGCCGGCGGCGCACGGCCUAGCGGCCACCUCCGCGGCUCCCAUGGAGGUCUAUGGCGACUCGGCGCCCGAGACCGAGGAGUGCUGGAGGAUUAUCAAGAAUCUCGAGUGCACUCUUGAACAAUUCCGGCUCAGUCCCAGAUUUACUAUUUCAGAUGAUUUGAAGGUUGGCUUUUUCAGCACAGACCAUGCCACUCAAACAGAUUCCAGUGAGAUUCUGCCAUUAAAAGAGUUGAGCUUAGCUACACAAAAUCUAGUGCAGAUUACUAAAUCCCUUCAGGUGGAUUUUGGGUUCCUCAAGCAAUUGAUUCAACUGAAGUUCGAGGACCGUCUUAAAGAGGAAUCUUGCAGACUCUUCAAUUCUCUACAUGACAGGAUCAUGACCAUUGAAAAACAUUACCAACAGAAUGAAGAGAGCUUACGAAAAUGCUACAAUCAGCAGCUGGCCGAUGCCAUAGGUACUAUCAAAGGAAUGUACCAGCAAUACUUCGAGGUGGAAGAAGAGAAGACAUCCCUGCAGGACGCAAUGACUGUCAAAAUGAACAUUUUGUUAAAAAGACUGAGGGAGAAAGAAGAGGUUAUUAAGGAAUUAAGAGAAGAACUAGACCAAUAUGAAGAAAAUGGAUCUCAAAAAGUUGAUUCUUUUAUCAAAGAGAGCAGCCCUCUGAGAACAACUCUAGAAAAGGAAAAUUUGGAGUUCAAAACAGAAAAUGAGAGACUGCUUCAAGUCAUUUCAGAACUCGAAGAAGAAAUCCAGCUCAAUGUAAAAGAAAAUUCAGUAUUAGAAGAUGAAAUUAUAAGUCUGAAAGAGAUGGCAGAUAAGGAUCAUAAAACUAUUCAAAAGCUAAUUGGUGGCAGAGACAGAUUAGUAAGUGAGCUUGAGCUUGAAAAAUCAUUAGUUCAAGAUAUGGUUAAUAAGCAGAAAGAGGACCUUGAAAUGAGAAGAAAGUAUGACGCUAUAGUUGCCAAGCGCCCCAGAAGCACCAAGGGGAAAGAGACCCUUUCAGCCCAGUGGCCCUCACAGCCCAAGAGUGCAGGUGCAAGUUCUCUGAGGCCACGUUCUUCCUCCAUCCGUUCAUCGCCUUCUAAGACCAAGAGGGUCAAGAGUCCAAAGAAGACGUUAAAGGAGGAGCCACCCACGGCUACACAUGCAGUACCUGCUGUGAUGCAUGGGGAAAAGAUGCAAGCAUCAAUGGCUAAGAUUGAAGAAGAGAAACGUGUUUUGGAAGAGCAAAUACAAGUGUUAAAGUCUAAGUUAGAGAAAGAGAAAAAGAAGUCAGAAAGGAUUAAAAAUGAAUCAGAACAUAUCAGCAAAAACUGGGAAAAGAAGUUCUUAAUUCUCAGGAACAGCUUUCAUGUCCUUAAGAAUGAGAUGUUUACUAGGCACACAUUAUUUCGUCAGUUUGCAGUACUGGCUGAUACAUCCUUCAAUUAUGUUAAAGUUAAACCUUUAUUUGUGCAAUCCAAAAUGAACUUGGCAACAGUGUCGACAUCUUCUACAAGUGUUGAUCAUUCACCUUCGGUAGACAUCAAGUAUGAGGACGUAGGCAGUGAUCAGAUUUCCCUCCCACUUUCACCACAAGUGAGGUUAGAAAAUCUGGAGGAAGAAUUUCCGGAGGAAAAGCAGUCGACGCCCCAGAACACCACAGAGAGCUACACGGGUCCUCCCGAGUAG